UAUUGAUGGGGCAGUCGAGUCUGGAGGAUAUCCCGUUGGUGCCGCCUGUGCGACCGUAUGCAGCGACGCCAAAUGGCCGGAAUAGGAGUGGGAGCGAUUCUAGUCAGAAGGACUCCCUUGGAACGCCGGGACUGAAGGAUGUUCUGAAGAUACCGUCCCUCUCGUCAGAACAUCGACUGGGCAUAUCAGAUCUGCUGCCUCCAUCGCCCUCCGCCGCCAUGAGCAAUUCAAGGUCGUACGCACCACCCCCGGCUAGUUCUCUAGGCACCGCAGUUGCUACGGCGGGCUACGAUUCUUUUCGCGAAGCAGCAGUCGCGUCGGGCGCCUCAUUCACUCUUGGUCUUCCUCGCACGAGCUCGCCUCCGCCAGAAUUCAGACGACACGGACAUAGGCCAUCAAACUCAUCCAUCACUUCCAUCCAGUCGCUCGGUAAUGGUCCACCAGUACGACCGCUAGAUUACACGGCGCUCGUACGAGAUGGGAGCACACACUCUGAGCUCGCGCGCACGAUUGAGGAGCUAGGGCAAUGGCUGUCGGUGGUAGAGACGGGGCUGAGUAACGUGCUGGACAGCGCGUUCGAGGACAUCAUUGAAGAGGAAGGUGGCGAUUGGGAAGCGGCUGAGGACGACAGUAGCGGCCCGGACAUGUCGUCGGACGAUGCGGGUUCGUCGCAUCACCAGCGCAUACUGGCAGCGUUGCAGGCGGCUGCGAGUUGAGAGGUUUUGGCAUUCACCACCGGACAGGAUACCCAUGUCGGUACAGUAGUACCGUCUCUGACUUACACUAGACAGUUAUCACUUGUAUAUUAGCGCACAGUUGCAUCGAGAGCUCGCAGUAUUCGUAUCUUCUAAGGCGUAGUUGCUAUACUAUAUGUGAAUAGCGGAGGUUCCCAUUC